CACAAGUCACAAUACUACUGCUACCACCUCCUCAUUCUUCUCUCUACUUACUUAAAAAGAGAGAGAGAGAUGAGAAGCUCCGGGAAGAAAACAAAGAGCAUUCACUAGACCGACAUCAGAAAGAUCAAAAUCUGAAACUCUAUCCCUAAAAUUCACAGUAUAAAGCUUCAUCAACUUCCUUACAAAGAUUCAACUCUUCUUCCUUCGGUUUAGUCUUACAUUCCAGAAAGUUCUACACGUAUAUUGCAUAUGCUUCCUUGUAAGAGAGCAGCUGUUGGAGGAGAAUCAGUACUAGUAGGAGGAGGAGAAAAAGAAGAGAACAACAACCCUAACAGUUCGAUUACAGCUCUUAUUAAGAAAUCUAGAAACUCUGCGGGUGGUGACGACGAGAACCAAACUAGGGUUUCUGCGAUGGCUUUAGGUGAUGGAAAUUCGCAUGAAAUUGAUGAGGAUUUGCAUAGUAGACAGCUUGCUGUUUAUGGACGGGAAACUAUGCGGAGACUUUUUGCUUCUAACAUCCUUGUCUCUGGGAUGCAAGGUCUCGGUGCAGAAAUUGCAAAAAAUCUUAUCCUUGCUGGUGUCAAAUCUGUGACAUUGCACGAUGAGGGAAAUGUUGAACUAUGGGACUUGUCCAGCAACUUUAUUUUCUCAGAGGAUGAUGUUGGAAAGAAUCGUGCAGUUGCUUCUGUAACGAAGCUUCAAGAACUGAAUAAUGCUGUUUUAAUUUCUGCUCUAUCAACCCCUUUGACUACGGAUCAACUCUCUAAUUUCCAGGCUGUAGUAUUUACUGAUGUCAAUUUAGAGAAAGCCUUUGAAUUCGAUGAAUUUUGCCGUAGUCAAGAACCCCCAAUUGCCUUCAUCAAAACCGAAGUCAGAGGGCUUUUUGGUAGUGUUUUUUGUGACUUUGGCCCUAAUUUUACUGUUCUUGAUGUCGACGGCGAGGAACCACAUACUGGUAUAAUUGUGUCAAUAAGCAAUGACAACCCAGCACUUGUAUCAUGUGUUGACGAUGAACGCCUUGAGUUCCAAGAUGGGGAUCUUGUGCUGUUUUCUGAAGUUCAAGGCAUGCCGGAACUGAACGAUGGAAAGCCGAGAAAGGUUAAGAACACCAGGCCAUACUCUUUCAAUCUCGACGAGGACACUACAAAUUAUGGCGCAUAUGCUAGAGGUGGUAUUGUCACUCAGGUGAAACAACCCAAGCUGUUAAACUUCAAGUCUUUAAGGGAGGCACUCAAGGAUCCCGGUGACUUCCUUCUGAGUGAUUUCUCAAAGUUCGAUCGUCCACCUUUGUUGCACUUAGCCUUUCAAGCACUGGAUAAAUUCACAACUGAAUUGCAACGCUUCCCUGUUGCUGGAUCUGAGGAAGAUGCAGAUAAAUUAAUCUCUGUCGCUAUUGCUAUUAAUGAGGCUUCAGAAGAUGCAAGACUCGAGGAGGUUGAUAAGAAAAUUUUGCGACACUUUGCAUUUGGUGCUAGGGCCGUUCUUAAUCCAAUGGCUGCCAUGUUUGGUGGUAUUGUUGGACAGGAGGUAAUGAAGGCCUGCUCUGGGAAGUUCCAUCCUCUUUAUCAGUUCUUUUAUUUCGACUCAUUGGAAUCUCUCCCUACUGAACCUCUGGACGCUAGCGAUUUGAAGCCUCAGAAUUCUCGGUACGAUGCUCAGAUUUCGGUGUUUGGAUCCAAGAUCCAGAAGAAACUUGAGGACGCUAAAGUGUUUAUGGUAGGAUCUGGAGCCCUUGGGUGCGAGUUCUUGAAAAAUCUAGCUCUCAUGGGAGUUUGUUGCAAUCAGCAAGGAAAGCUGACCAUUACUGAUGAUGAUGUCAUUGAGAAAAGUAAUCUCAGCCGUCAAUUCCUCUUUCGUGAUUGGAACAUUGGGCAAGGAAAAUCUACUGUUGCCGCUUCAGCUGCCAGUUCUAUCAACCCAAGUCUUCAUGUUGAAGCUCUGCAAAAUCGUGCGAGCCCCGAGACAGAGAAUGUGUUCAAUGAUGCAUUUUGGGAGAAUCUUGAUGUUGUCAUUAAUGCGCUUGAUAAUGUUAAUGCUCGAAUGUACAUGGAUCAAAGGUGCUUAUAUUUCCAGAAGCCACUUUUGGAGUCUGGAACUCUUGGUGCCAAAUGCAAUACACAAAUGGUUAUCCCUCACUUGACAGAGAACUAUGGUGCAUCAAGAGAUCCACCUGAGAAGCAAGCUCCCAUGUGUACUGUUCACUCCUUCCCGCAUAACAUUGAUCAUUGCCUUACAUGGGCACGAUCCGAAUUUGAGGGCUUACUGGAGAAAACUCCUGCUGAAGCAAAUGCAUACCUAUCUAAUCGGAGUGAAUACAACGCUGCCAUGAAGACUGCAGGUGAUGCCCAGGCAAGAGAUAAUCUGGAGCGUGUUAUUGAGUGCCUUGACAGCGAGAGAUGUGAAUCAUUCCAAGACUGCAUCACCUGGGCCCGGUUAAAGUUUGGAGAUUACUUUGCUAAUCGUGUAAAGCAGUUGACUUUUACCUUUCCCGAGGACUCCGCAACUAGCUCAGGGGCACCGUUCUGGUCAGCUCCAAAGCGUUUUCCCCGACCACUUGAGUUCUCAGUCGAUGACCCAGGUCACAUUAACUUCGUCAUGGCAGGUGCCAUAUUGCGAGCCGAGACAUUUGGCAUCCCACUUCCUGACUGGGCUAAGAACCCUAACAAAUUGGCUGAUGCUGUUAGCAAAGUGAUUGUCCCAGAUUUCCAGCCCAAACAAGGGGUAAAGAUUGUCACAGAUGAGAAAGCCACAAAUGUUUCUGCUGCUUCUGUAGAUGACGAUGCAGUCAUCAAUGAUCUGAUUUUGAGGCUGGAGAAUUGCUUUACUAAGCUGCCUCCUGGUUUCAAGAUGAAUCCGAUACAAUUUGAGAAGGAUGAUGACACAAAUUACCACAUGGACAUGAUAGCUGGCCUUGCUAAUAUGAGGGCGAGGAACUACAGCAUCCCGGAAGUCGACAAGCUCAAGGCCAAAUUCAUUGCUGGGAGAAUCAUCCCUGCCAUCGCAACCGCCACUGCUAUGGCAACAGGUCUUGUCUGCCUGGAGUUAUACAAGGUGAUAGACGGGGGACACAAGUUGGAGGACUAUCGGAACACUUUCGCUAACCUAGCACUUCCACUAUUCUCCAUUGCUGAGCCAGUUCCACCAAAGACUUUCAAGCAUAGGGAUAUGUCCUGGACUGUGUGGGACCGAUGGAUUAUAAGGAACAACCCAACAUUGAAGGAGCUGUUGCAAUGGAUGGAAGACAAAGGAUUAAAUGCGUACAGUAUCUCAUGUGGGACUUGCUUACUUUACAACAGUAUGUUUUCAAGGCACAGGGAUAGGAUGGAUCGCACGGUGGUGGAUUUGGCGACGGAAGUGGCCAGGUUGGAAAUUCCUCCAUACCGGAACCAUGUGGAUGUGGUGGUGGCAUGCGACGAUGAUGAAGACAAUGACGUUGACAUCCCCCAGGUUUCUGUUUACUUUCGCUAAACACUGGUUCCAUUUGCACCUAGUCUAUCAGUACUCUGUUUGAUGUUUACGGUGAAUCAGUUUUUGUCUAAAGUUCCAUAGCACCAUCCCGCAUAGGGGAUGCGUGUUUUACACUUACAUUUCUACAUAAAUUGUUAUUAAAAAGCCAACACCGAUCGCACGAUGUCUAAUCGGCGUAUGUGCUUUCUUUUGCCACAUAUUCUCACUUUUGCUUAAAAGAAUUCUUGGUUUCAUUCAUGAAAGAGUUGAUUUACAGUUGACACUGUA